UUUCUUUUGGGAAUCAAAUUCGUUUUAUCGACAUCGCGAACGAAUCGGUAUCUCAUCGUCUUGUUGUUGCCCGUGGCAGGUGACUUGCUGUCAGGUGAUAGAGACACCAUCCCAAGGUAAACCAGCUCUCCCCCUUUCCUUCUUGAACUCCAACUUCACCUCUGGGUACUUAACGGACUCUCCUCUCCUGCUAUCCACCUUCUCGUACCUCAGAAGUCUUCCUAUCCCCACAUCCCUUCGGCCUCAUGUUGGCCAAGGCUGGGUUAGGCGACGGUCGGGGAUAAUGAUGCUGUGUUUUUUGCGCGGUUCCUUCGGUCGCAGAACCACCCGGACGCGUCUCCGAUGCUGCUGCUGCUGCUGCUGCUGCAACGGCAACUGACGAGCUGUGAACAUGUCUUCACCUUUAUUGUUUCUUCACCACUGUGUCUUCUUUCAAGAAGAAUUUAAUGUAGUUGUAUUCUAUGCUGCUGUUAUGCAAGGUGCUUUCAUCUUUUGGGCAGACCAUGGCUGUUUGUUGCGCCGCUGUGCGCGUCACUCACGCGUGUACCAGGCAAGCAUCAACAAUCAAGCUUGUUGAUCACUAUUUGCUGAAACCCCAGAACAUCUCCACUAAUCUUCAGCUGACUCGAUGCACCGUUGCCUGUCUGCAUAUGCUUGCACUCGCAUGUCUUGCUUUCCUGCGUCGUUGGUUCACAUAAGGUGGCAUGUCAACUAACGGGAGCUACAGUGUCGCACAACGACCGAGUCAAUCUCGAUUUGGCCCUGGGGACCUGGUAACGGCUAGAUUCGAUACCAUCGAGUUCUAUCAUCUCUAAUAGGUACCGAUUCUUGGAG